AAGCUCGCCGUCGACAAAUCAGCAGCCGGAGCCCACGAGGGACCCCGACCCAGUCUACUCUAAACCUCCCUUCUUCAAUUAUCCGAUCGAAGCAGCACUCCAAUUCGUCCUCUAAGCUUCCUUCGCUAUCCCGCUUACUUGGUGCCGCGGCCAUGUCGCCCUCGUUGUACAAGCAGCUGGGCCUGGGCGGCGGCGGCGCCGGCUCCCCCGUCUCGCCCACCCACCUCCUCCUGCUCGUCCUCGGCGCCGCCUUCCUCGCUCUCACCGUCUUCGUCAUCCACCCCAACGACUUCCGCCUCCAAUCCUUCUUCUCCCCCGCCGCCACCAACUGCGCCCACCAACCUGCCGCCACCGCCACCGCGACCUUCCUUCCCACGAAGCCCUCUUCCUCGCCACCGGCGAGCACGGACGCCGCCACCUCCCCGCCGCCGGUGCGCGUGCUGAUCGGCAUCCAGACGACGCCAUCCAAAUACGAGCGACGCAACCUGCUCCGCACGGUCUACUCCCUCCAGAUCCGCGAGCACCCGCACCUCGCCGCCGCCAUCGACAUACGCUUCGUCCUCUGCAACGUCACCUCCGCCACCGACUCCACCCUCGUCUCCCUCGAGUCCCUCCUAAACCGCGACGUGCUCCUCCUCGACUGCGCCGAGAACAUGGACGGCGGCAAGACCUACGACUUCUUCUCCGCCGUCGCCCGCAACCCCCCUUCCACGCCCCCUCCCGACUACGUCAUGAAGGCCGACGACGACACGUACCUCCGGCUCCCGGCCCUUCUAGCCUGGCUCUCCGCCGCUUCCCGGGCCGACGCAUACCUGGGCCUCCAGAUGCCCUGCGACACGGAGAACUUCUACCCGUUCCCGCCCUUCAUGUCCGGGAUGGGCUACGCGCUCUCCUGGGACCUGGUGUCCUGGGUGGCCGAAUCCGAGGUCAGCCGCCGCGACCGCGUCGGGCCGGAGGACAUGUGGACGGGCCGCUGGCUCAACGUCGCCGGCAAGGCUAAGAACAGGUACGACGGCGCGCCGCGGAUGUACAACUACAGGGGUGCCUCGCCGGCCAGCUGCUUCCGCCGGGACUUCCGGCCCGACACCAUCGCCGUGCACAUGCUCAAGGAUAAUGGGCGGUGGGCCGAGACGCUCGCCUACUUCAACGCCUCCGCCGUGAUUGAGCCGGAGUACUCUGGACGCCGAGACCGCCGCCUGCCGUGAUUUGGUUGGCGGAUGAUUCGUUGUUGUUGACAGGUUCUUCGUUUUGGCAGGUACAAAAGCUAGCGUGUGUUGAAUUUGUGAAGGAGGAUGAAUAUAAUAUACUUGUGCAUGUCCAUAAUUCUUCUCUCGAUGUACUAUUCCAUUCUAUAUGUCCAAUGAAAACAAAUACUCCACUUCGUAGGACAAUUAAAAUUU